AUGGGACCAGUCUACAGGUCAAAGGCCACCCUCGGGUUCUUAGGACCACAGGAGAAGGUUCCGGUUACGUUCACCAGGGCGUCUGGAGCCACUGUGCAGCCAUAUGGUCAAUACGAUAUUGCAUAUACUUGCAUGUCUUACGUUGGCCCGAAUAGUGAACAAAAACUUGGGUACUGUAGUGCUCUAGAUAAACGAAGAGAAACUGUUGGUCACUGCCUGGUAAUGACCUGUACACGAGGUUCCUGGACACUCAGUAGUACCAUCGAUAACUGCUGCAGGCACUGCUAUAUCCACGAUGACCCUCACAUCUAUACAUUCGACGACCAUCGCUACGACUGGCAUGGCAACUGCAACUACUCCGUCGCUCAAGUAGAAAAUAGUUACGACCCUCCAGCUGGUGUCUUCAGCGACUUCGAAGCUUGCUACGGUCUAGCGUCCUGCCUCGGCUUUACAACCUUCAAAGACAAUCCCCAUACUCUAAUAUCUCUAGACACCUCUGUCUUUAACAUUAAAGUGAAUGGUGACCCUUACGUAGUGCCACUCGCUGGUAUACACGCAGUGACUUCCUCAGGAGGAACACAUCCCGUCCUGGUCUGGCGUAGCAACCAGUGUAUCCUACUCCUCGGCUCUUCAAACAUAAUGAUUCAACACUGCCGCCACCGUCUGGACGUGUGGGCUCACCCGAGCAAGGCGGAACACUUGGACGGCCUCUGUGGCCACUUCAAUUUCUACAAAGACGACGACUUCAUGGACAGAAGUGGUCAGGUGCACACGCUAGAGUACUGGCCUUACGACUUUCCUGCCUCUUGGCUGACAAGUGAGCAAAGUGAAGUAUACUGUGAAUCUGGCACUACAGCCCAUUGUUCCAGCUGUCCUCCACUCUCGCCUUUCAAAGAUUUGUGCCAGGCCAGCGAGGAGCAGAAAGCUACGUACAAAAGUGAAUGUGAAAAAUUCCUUUGGUCUCUGAUUGCUAGAGACGAGUCUCUCUCGGACCAUCUGGAUACUUGCUCAUUUGACCUGUGCAUGAUGUACCAGGACGGUCGCACACGUACUGAAGUAGCCAAUUGGCUGGCAGAACUGAGCAAAAUAUUGGCAAUAUCCCUGCAACUUAACUUAGGACUUGUUAUGACAAACGAUACCAGUCUUCCUCCGGUGACGGACACUGCUCCGGUGAUGCCAGUAGCUACUCGGGGUAGGAGUUUCCAAACUGAACUAGGCACGGACAAAGUAAUGCUUAAAAAUAAGCACACCACUAACUUAAACUGCGCGUGUGUAGAGGCACUAAAACCUGAAGUUUCUUCCUUGGUGGUACAUACCAGACUCUUCCUGGAUGCCGUAAAGACGCUGCAGACAACAUUGACUAACUACGAACCAAGUAAUUCCCUAGACUCCCCGGGUCGCUGAUCAGCCUAAAGUCUCUGAAGAAUAUCUCUAAUAAAGUGAAGAAAAGUAUAGGGAUGAUGGUUGGUGCUUGGGACCAGUUGAAAGAGCAAGUCGGCGAGGGAGAGAGUCUUGACUGUCCUACUAGUGCUGCUAAGGCCACGGUCAUUAUGAUGGAUUCCUCUACAAAGGAAGUCCUCUGGCUCGCCAACGCCACUAAGGAGGCGUUUGCUUUUGAUUACAAUAUUGCUGAAGUUGAGGCUACUGCAAGGGAAGCUGUUGGAGCGUCUCUAGCUUUGCAACAAGAGAUUAAAGAUCUACCUUGUUGAUCAAAUAAUUUAACUUUUACUUUAUGGUACUGCAAAAUGAGGUUUAUUACUAUGGAAACUUUUAAUUAAAACUAAUUGUAUGUA